AUGGAGCCCUCCACCACAGCCUUGAAUCCUGGGGAAGCUACACCCUCCGCCAGAAAUGAAUCUCUGGAUCAAACAACCUGGUCAUCAGAGCCAGUGACUGAGACCCUCUGGAACAUGGAAAAUGAAUACUAUCACAUCUGCAUAUCCCAGCUCAUUUGUGUGCUGGGGCUAAUUGGGAACGGACUCCUCAUAUGGUUUCUCAUCUUCUGCAUCGAGAGGAAGCCAUUUACCGUCUACAUUCUGCACCUCGCCAUUGCUGACUUCAUGGUCCUUCUCUUCUCAUCCGUCAUCGAGCUGGUGGACACCUUCCAUUUCGAUGACAUCACCUUGCAGAACUAUGCUGUGUUUCUCGUGAUCUUCGGUUACAACACGGGUCUGUAUCUCCUCACGGCCAUCAGUGUGGAGCGGUGUCUCUCCGUGCUGUACCCUAUCUGGUACCAGUGUCGGCGCCCGAAGCACCAGUCUGCUGUGGCCUGUGCACUGCUGUGGGCUCUCUCUGUGCUGGUGUCAGGGUUGGAAAACUUCUUCUGCCUCCUGAACGAGGAGCCGAGGUUCCCGGAGUGUCGCUACGCGUACAUAUUUUCCUGCAUCUUGACCUUCUUGGUCUUCGUCCCUCUGAUGAUCUUCUCCAACUUGGUCCUCUUGUAUCAAGUCUGCUGCAACCUAAAGCCACGUCAACCAGCCAAGCUCUACGUGAUCAUCAUGGCCACCGUCAUCCUGUUUCUUGCCUUCGCCAUGCCCAUGAAGGUCCUGCUCAUCAUAGCCUUCUAUUCCUACCCAAAUAACAACGCGUCCAUGUGGACUCACUUGUCCUAUCUGAGUAUACUGUCCGCCGUGAACUGCAGUGUCAAUCCAGUCGUCUAUUUUGUGGUAGGAAGCCUAAGGAGGAGGAGGAGGAGGAAGGGUAGAAAGUCCCUGAAAGAGGCACUGCAGAAAGUCUUUGAAGAAAGGCCAGCGGCAGGCUCGGAUGAGAACGCUGCAUGA